GUAGAAACCAGCAUAAUCGCUGCAAAACACAUUUUACAGUACAGAGCAAAAUAUGGUCCGGGGGGACUGGGGGGGCCAAAUCGACUUUUCAACGCUAUACUAUAGAGAAAAUAGUGCUCUACCACCCUGUGGUGUCGGUGGUCAGUUUGGUCAACCGUAGGCCGUACAGUGUCCAAAAUUGCGCAAUCACCCUGUUUUUCUUUGUGCAGCGCAACAACAGCAGUGUGAAUAUAAACUUGCUGUAAAUUUUUGCGGACGGCAGGGCUCGUUUGUUUGCAUGCGCAAUGGUUUGUUUUAUUUGUUUAUACUAUUUAUACAAGUUCUAACACUUUUAGUUACUAGUUUUUACUUGAUUAUUGGUGGCAAAUGGCCAAAUUCACAGCGCGUCAGCUGCUGCAAAACAUUUUCGAGGAGAAUGAACGAGAGGAGCUUUUGCCCUAUACUGAGAGCAGCACGAAUCUGGAUGUGUCUGAUAUCUGCGACACGGAUGGCAUGUCAAACCUGUUUGACGGGGACCUGAGUAGCAGUCUGGAGCUGGAUGAAGGCGACUCUGCGGAGGAAACCCCAGCCAUGACACAGGGACCUCCGGCUGCUGUGCAGCCUCCCUCCAUUUCACAGGCCUCAGAUGACGUUCCGGCCGCCCAAAUGAUUGUAUCACCUCUCAAAAUAUUGCCCACACAAGGAAUCUCUAGCGACAGAAGGGACUACUUGAAAAAGCAAAUUUCACCGCACGUGCUGCUGGAUCACCGAAGCGAAUUUUUGAAGCGUUUAGGAUAAUUUUUUUUAAAUUCUCCAAUUUUUUGGAAUUUUUUUUUCAAUUUUCUUCAUUACUUUUCGAAUUUUUUCUUGUGCAAACUCUUUUUGGUUAGUGGUCCCCUAGCAAGAAUGGACAAAUUAUGCUCGCUGACAAUAAAACUGAGCUUAAUUCCCUUUA